UUUUAUAAGAAAAUGCAAGUAUUAGGUAUUAAGAUUUAAAAGUCAUACAAUAGGUUAUUGUCGAUUACAUAAAGUGCAUUGUGCGCAAGAGUUGAACUUUUUUCAAACACAAAAAUUUCCUUGAAAUAGCUUCAUAUAACCAGCUUGUAACACAGUGAUCGUUAGAAUUUGUUCUGGAGGUCUAGUCAAUAAUGAAAGUAUAAAAUGCGUGCCGGAAUACAUUCCAUCAUAAUUAUUCUAGUGUUUACUGGUGUAAUUGGCAAGGACCCAGAGUUACCGCUAUGUCCAACAAAUAUUCAAUAUUUUCCCCAAAACCUUCCAAUGCACUGCCGCAUGCCGACUGCUGCUGAUAUGCCAAAUUUACAAAUACCAAUCCAAAGUCAAACAUUCCCACCACCAUUUUACCAAAGUCCACCACCAGGUAAACAACCUGAACCUAUACCAAUCCCUGUACCUCCUGGGAUGCCUGGUAUGCCGGGACCAAUGCCAAUACCGAUGCCUAUGCCUCUCCCAGGCCCACCUGGACCAGCUCACAAGCUUCCUGUAAUUGUAAUGCCGUUCUAUUCUCCAGACAACUCCUUCAAAAAGCCACAAAUUCGACCUGAUCCUAGACCAAGGAUACGUAUACGCAAAAGAAGGCCUCGUUAUUAUUCUGACACUGAUGAUAGCACAGAUACCGAUACCGAUACAUCUUCUAACGAGUUAACAGAUUCUUCUUCAGAAUACGACGGCUAUUGGAGAGGUAAACGCAGCGGGAGACGAUCUAACCGACAUCGUAGAGAGAAGAGAAGAAGGCAUCAAAGACAAGAAUUACUUACGCCAGUUCUACAAUAUGUUACUAAAGAUGGCUACGUUAUAUUCGAGAAGAAGAUAAGUAAAGGUGAAGCGAAGGAUUGGUUGAAAGUUAAAACGGGCGAUACAUUUGAAUCUACAACGCACGCUAAACAAGUAAUCGACGAAUUUGAAGAAAUAGAAGAUGCAAUACGAGCUGAUAGAGAUGAAGAAAAAGUAGAAAUUAAAACAGAACGCAAUACCCAGAAGCAUCAUAGGAGAAAAUCGAAACAUAAAAUGCCCAAAAAUGUAGUAGCUCAAUGAGUAUUAUAAGUUUUGUAUUUUGUUACCUAAUUUUGAUAAAUAAACAGUGA